UGUAAAUUUAAUAAUAUGAAAAAGUUUAAUUUAAUAAUUUUUAUCGAUAGUGAUGUUAUAAAUGGAAUUGCGAUACUAUCGAUUACUCGAAACAUGGCGCUCGCGUGGAAUUUAUCAAAGAAACAUAGCGAUCGUGAAAGAUGGAUUUGUAUUUAUCCGGUGUACAUAAACAGUAAAAGAACUUUGGCAGCAGGUCGCAAACUAGCGAAAGAUAAAUGUGUCGAAAAUCCUACACAUCAAGAAAUUCGUGAUGUUUUGGUGGCAGCUGGUUUCAACGUCGGAGUAGAAAAUAAGCUACAUCCAAGAGAACGGAGUAAAGAAUUGCUAUAUCGUGGUCGGAUUCGUGUUCAAUUAAAAAAUGAUGAUGGUACUCCAGUGAAACCUGAACUUCCUACAAGGGAUGCUCUUCUGGUAUACGUAGGUACCACAAUUCCAAAAUUAAAGACACGACAAGGAAAACAGAUCACUGGUGAACAAUCUGCACAGUCCUCCAGUUCAUCAUCUAAAAAGGGAAAAGGAAAGGGAAGGAGAUGAUAAUAUGCAAUUAGCAUAAUAAUGCUUAUAAAUUUUCAUUUUUUAUCUACAUAUGUAUCAUGUCUUGUAUAAAAUUUUAAACUAGUACUGAAAA